AUGGCCCUCCCAGACGCCAAGAACGACCACUCGUCGGAACCAGCGCCCGAGGUAGCGCCGGGAGCAGGAGAAGGGGCCGCAGCGACAACCGCCGCGCCGCCAUCCUCAUCUCCUUCCCCUUCACCUUCAGCAUCUUCAUCGAGCGAAACGGACGCGCCAGGGCACUCGACCAUGCCGCCGCUCGACCGCAAGAUCAGCCGCAGCGAGGCGGACCUGCAGCGCUUUGCCCCGCACCACUCCGCCCUUCCCAUGUUCUUUUAUCUAUUCUCCUUUGCCCCGCCGCUCCUGCCGCCUCCCUCCUCGUCGUCUAAGAUCAGCACCGUGGGUCGCGUGCGCGCACUGGUAACCCACCCGCUCACGCUGUACCUUCUCGGCGUCUUCGCCGCGCUAGUCGCCGGCAUCGGCAUGGUCAGCCUAGAUCUCAUCUACGGCCGGCUCUGGUCUAACUCGAUCACGCGUGCAGGCUCGACGCCCCAUACGAUCCAGAGCAAGAGCGAUCUCAGUGCCGGACUCAUCGCUGCCGUCGGCCUUGUGCAGUGCCUUGCCACAUGGCUCUUCCUGACCUGCUUCUCGGCCGGGGCGCACCUGCUGACGGUGCGCCUGCAGCACGCAUAUGUCGCGUCGGUGCUCGCACAGGACAGCACGUACUUUGACCUGCACGGCGCGGGAGAAAUUGCGACGCGCGCCGGCAAAGAAAUCAACGCGGUGCGCGUCGGCUUUGGCGAGAAGAUGGGCUAUGCGGUCUGGUCGACGUCGACGCUGCUAGCGUCCGUCACGUCCGCGUUCGUCAACGCGCCGCGCGUCGCCGGCGUCCUCUUCACAGCGAUCCUAUUCCUGCUUUUCGCGUUCGCCGCACUUGCCGCGCUCACCGAGCUCAUCGGGACACCCGCACUACGCCUCGAGGGCCUCGCCGCGAGCCUCCUCGAGCAGAUCCUCGCGUCCGUCCGCGUCGUGCAGUCGUUCGGCAUGGAGCAGAACUUGCUCACGCGCCUCGACACCGACAUUCUGCACCGCCUGCAGCGCUUCGGCAUUGGGAGGGCCUUCGUCCGCGCCGCAGAGAUGGCCACCAUCUACUUUACCCUCGCCACCAUGUACGCGCUCGGUUUCCACUGGGGCAGCGUGCAGAUUGUCCAGCACGGCCUCCCCGUCGGCACGGUCCUUACCGCCUUCUGGAAUAUAUUCAACUCCCUCUUCGCAGUCACCAACGUCGUCCCACAUCUCAGCGGCAUCUUUGACGCGUACGUCUGCAUCAAGACGCUGCGCGCUGCCAUCGAACGCCAGCCGGUCAUCGACGUGCGCUCGCCCGAUGGCCUUUGCUUCAGCGGCGACGACGACGGAGUAGCCGGUAAUGUGGCUACGACGGCGCCAAGCAUCGAGCUACACGACGUCACUUUCGCCUACCCCGCGCGCCCGACGGUCGCCUCACUCAAAGAGGUCAGCAUGCUCGUGCAGGGCGGCAAGGUGACCGCGCUCGUCGGGCCCAGCGGCAGCGGCAAGAGCACGAUCGUCAGCCUGCUCCUGCGCGAGUACGACCCGCACAUGCUGCCAAACCCCGCCGACAAUGAGGUCAGCAAGUUACUCGACAAGGCCCACGGGCACGGCACCAAGUCCAAGCAAGAGGGGGGGGAGGAAAAGAACAGGGCGAAGCAAAGCUGGCUUCACAGGUUUACGCCCAGCAAAAGACGCAACGAUAUGGCAUCCGAGCAAUCAGACGAAGGUCAGGUAGAGGACAUCGACAUCGAGAAGGCCAAGAAACCGCCGAGCACCCGCGUCACAGGAUCUGGCCGCGUCCUCUUUGCCGGGCACGACAUCCGCGAGUUGAAUCUGGCCUCGCUGCGCUCGCAGAUCUCUGUCGUGCAGCAGCACCCAGCUAUCUUCACCGCGUCCGUCUUCGAGAACGUCGCCGCGGGCCUGACGGGCACCAGCCUGGCGUACCGGCCGGACGUCGACG